CAUUGUUCUCAGAUGGAAUCUCUGUGACAGUGCUCGCAAGAUUCCCCGCACUUCUACUAACAGCCAACACUGACUCGAUACUUCCGUGACAGUAGUUUAAGAACUCUUCUGUCCUUUUUUGAAAUCCACAUUCCUUUUCUUCAUUACCCAAGUGUGACUCUGCCUCUUUUUCAAGAUCUCCUCUUGACGUCAACCAUCGCGAUGAAGACGUGUCUCUUCUACUUGACCUGCAUCGUGCUCAUGGUGGUCUCAGCCCUUGGUCACGAGUGCGAACGCACUUGCGUGAAAGGUGACACCAGGACCUGCAUGUACGAAUUCCACAUGCAAGAGUACCACAGCAUGGGCCGAGCCUGCUUUGACUGCCCACGGAACAUGAGUGAUUGCAGUCGCCCGGAAUGCAUCGCAGCCGACGGCGUUUCCAGACCGCUUCUUGCUGUCAACAGGCAAUUACCUGGACCAGGCAUACAAGUAUGCGAAGGAGAUCGAGUGGUAGUCGACGUGUACAACGGCCAGUUAUCGGAUAGUGCCACCAUCCACUGGCAUGGACAGUACAUGGUCAACCAGCAGUACAAUGAUGGGGUGCCCUACAUUACCCAGUGCCCAAUUCUAGGAGCAUUCAGAUAUGACUUCGUCGCUGCUCAAGCUGGGACUGCCUUCUGGCACUCUCACACAGGCCUUCACAGAAGCGAAGGGGUCUUCGGCGCCUUCGUUGUUCGUCAGGCAGAAGAUCCCCAAGAAGUGCUUUACGACAUUGAUUCAUUCUCCGGUGUUCUGGUCCUACAGGACUGGGAUCACAUCAACUCUUACGAUAAAUUCGUUGGUCGCUAUCACAGCACUCUGGACGAUUUUGCUAGAGGGAUCUUAGUCAACGGGAAAGGAGUGAAUACCGAUGCUCAAGUAGCUUACGACAUGCCGAGAGAAAUCAUAGAAGUGACCCCAGGUCAUAGGCACAGGCUCCGCCUAAUCAAUGCAGGAAGGCUCAACUGCCCGAUCAUCGUCAGCAUUGACCACCACCAAAUGACGGUCAUCUCUGCGGAUGGGAAGGACAUCGUUCCUACCACCGUCGAUUCCUUGGUUCUUUACUCUGGAGAGAGAUUUGACGUCACUAUCCACGCCAACAAGGGGGUUGGAAACUACUGGAUGCGGCUCAAUGGACUUGUUGACUGCGAACAACACUCUUGCUACCAAGGCGCCAUCAUCAGGUAUUCUACGGCAUCAGAGGAAGACCCAGAGGAACCCCUCUUCUACAACCCGAAUUACCCACCUGGCAUCGUGCUCAAUCCCCUAAACUCUGUUGAUGGAGAAGGUCAGCUGAUCAUGACAGACCUUGAGGCCUUGGAGUCACACAUCGUCCUCCCUGCCGUGGACAAGAAAUUCUACAUCGUUUUCGAUUUCAAUCAAAUCAACAACACAUUGUUCUUUAAUCCUGAGCUUUAUCCUUUCAAUGCAGUUGCUGAAAUGUGGCAGGCGAACACGCCCCAGGUCAAUGACAUUUCCUUCGCCCUUCCGAGUGCCCCGCCGCUGUCGCAGCCAGAGGCCUUGAAGGAGUCCAUCUGCAGAUACGGCGAGGAUCCACCCUGCGUAAGCGAUUAUUGCACCUGCACUUACACGAUGGAGGUCGCCUUGGGAGAAACCGUGGAAAUGAUUAUAAUCGACGAAGGGAACAUAGGAGACGAGAAUCACCCUUUCCAUCUUCAUGGCUACAGUUUCAGUGUGGUGGCAAUGGGCAAACUGGGCAGAAAUACCACACUGGCAGAUGUAAUAGCGCUGGACGAAGCUGGGGGCAUCGUGAGAAAGCUGGAAAGCCCAGUUUUGAAGGACACCGUCACCGUGCCUGACGGUGGGUUCACCAUCAUUCGCUUCACUGCUGAUAACCCUGGAUACUGGCUCAUGCACUGCCAUUUGAUCUUCCACUCUGAGCUGGGUAUGUCUGCUCUUCUACACGUCGGUGAACAGAGUGACUUGCCACCCGUUCCCGAAGGAUUCCCGACUUGCGGAAACUAUUUGCCAAGUUUGUGAGGAAGCCAAAAUUUGGGAGGUGGAUCUCUGAAAAGAAUCUGAUUUAUUUAAAGUAAGCUCAUCGCCUGGAUUAGACGUUUUCUUGCCUGAGCAUCGCUACAGUUGGAGCUUUUCGUUCCAAUCAGAAGACAAAAUGAAAUAAAUUAAGUCAUUUGUGAACAAUCAUGUAGUAUCGAUCACAGCAAAAUAAAAAAAUAAAAAAAUAA